GGACUAACCGCCGCUGCUCCUGCUGUGCCGGAGACCCGUCAUUUUCUCGGACGAACCCGGGCCCCCUCCUUUCACUAGGGAGCGGCCCACUCCCGGCCAUUCCGUCCGCCUGCCACCCUCGCACCCUGGCUGUUACAGGCCCAUCCUUCACUUCACUUCUCCUUUUCUUCCUGUAUUCUGGUUCAUGGGGGCGCCUUCGGUUUUAUUUCAUUCAUUGAGUCUGCGUUUAUGCCUAAAACGAAAGGGGGGCGCGUGGCUAGGACGGUGCUGCCAGCGGCAUCAGAGCAGUGGACAUAACCCCCCGUGUUCAUUAUCGAGGUAUAACAUGGUCAUGGAUACACUGGUAGAAGAUGAUAUCUGCAUUCUGAAUCAUGAAAAAGCCCACAGGAGAGAUACAGUGACUCCAGUCUCAAUAUAUUCAGGAGAUGAGUCAGUCGCUUCACAUUUUGCCCUUGUCACUGCAUAUGAAGACAUCAAAAAACGACUCAAGGAUUCAGAGAAAGAGAACUCUUUCUUAAAGAAAAGAGUAAGAUUUUUGGAAGAAAAGCUUAUAGGAGCUCGAUUAGAUGAAGAAACAAGUUCAGUGGGACGAGAACAAGUAAAUAAGGCCUAUCAUGCAUAUCGAGAGGUUUGCAUUGAUAGAGAUAAUUUAAAGAGCAAAUUGGAUAAAAUGAACAAAGACAACUCUGAAUCUUUGAAAGUGUUGAAUGAACAACUUCAGUCUAAAGAAGUAGAACUCCUCCAGCUAAGGACAGAGGUGGAAACUCAGCAGGUGAUAAGGAAUUUAAAUCCCCCUUCAUCAAACUGGGAGGUGGAAAAGUUGAGCUGCGACCUGAAGAUCCAUGGUUUGGAACAAGAACUAGAACUGAUGAGAGAAGAAUGUAACAAUCUCAAAAUAGAGCUACAAAAAGCCAAACAAACGGAUCCAUCUCAAGAAGACAAUCUGCAGAGCAGAGAUCUGCAAAGACUAAGCAUUUCAAGUGAUAACAUGCAAAAUGCAUACUGGGAACUGAAGAGAGAAAUGUCUAAUCUACAUCUGGUGACUCAAGUACAAGCUGAACUACUAAGAAAACUGAAAACCCCAACUGCAAUCAAGAAAGCCUGUGCUCCUGUAGGAUGCAUGGACGACCUUGGGAAAGACAGCACAAAACUGCACUUGACGAAUUUCACUGUAACGUACAAAAGACACCCCACUCUCUCACCAAACAGCAAAACUCCUGGUAAAGGGGAAGAUGUAUUACAAAGAGAUGUGAAAGGUUUAUCAGAGAAAGCAGUUCUCCAAUCAUGGACAGAUAAUGAGCGACCCAUUCCUCAUGACUGUACAAACUUUCAGGAACACAACUCUUUCGGCAGAAGUUCUCUGGAAGAUAAUUCGUGGGUAUUCCCAAGCCCUCCUAAAUCAAGUGAGUCAGCAUUUGGGGAAACUAAAAAUAAAACUUUGCCUUUACCCAUCCUACCGCAUUACUUGGAUCAACAUAAUCAAAACUGCCUUUAUAAGAACUAAUUCUGAAGACAUUCAUGAUUUGGUAAUGAGGUUGCUGUACCUCCUGCAAUAGUUCUCUUGAGAAAUUAUUUAAUAAACUGAAAGUGGGUUUUGAUUAAAAUUUUGCAGGGUUCUUCGAUGUAUACAUUUGCACAUACUGUACCAUAUUAUGUAGCUGAUUUUCCAGUAUGGAAGAGCAACACUCCAGCUUCUAUUCUGGCUAAGAACCAGAUAUAUGCUAAUAAUAAACUAAUAAACAAGGUGUUUCAAAAAGACA